AUGUUUCUGAUAUAUUAUGAAGAUUCAGAAGGCUCAUCAACACUUUAUUCGGAAUUGUUAUCAGGAGGAUUUAUGUUGGGUUUUGAUCAAUUUUUAUACCUAUUUACACGUCUUCAAGAUACAAAU